CAUCAUCCCCUCGAUAAAAAAAUCCCUUCAUUUCCUUCUCUGUUCUCUCACAAACAAGAUUUUAAGAAGACCCUUGAACCUCUUUGUUUUCUCAUUUCAUUUAAAACAAUGAGAGAAAUCCUUCACGUUCAAGGAGGUCAAUGCGGGAACCAAAUCGGAUCCAAGUUUUGGGAAGUGAUCUGCGGCGAGCACGGUGUUGAUCCUACCGGAAGGUACACUGGAGAUGGAACAUCCGAUAUGCAACUAGAGCGGAUUGAUGUGUAUUACAACGAGGCUUCCGGUGGAAGGUACGUUCCUCGUGCGGUCCUUAUGGAUCUUGAACCUGGUACUAUGGAUAGUAUCAGAUCCGGUCCCUACGGCCAGAUCUUUAGGCCAGAUAAUUUCGUAUUUGGACAAUCGGGUGCCGGAAACAACUGGGCCAAAGGUCAUUACACUGAAGGAGCCGAGUUGAUUGAUGCUGUUCUUGAUGUUGUUCGCAAAGAGGCUGAGAAUUGUGAUUGCCUGCAAGGUUUCCAGGUAUGCCAUUCACUUGGAGGAGGCACAGGCUCUGGCAUGGGAACUCUCCUGAUAUCAAAAAUUAGAGAGGAGUAUCCAGACAGGAUGAUGUUGACAUUCUCUGUUUUCCCUUCACCGAAAGUCUCCGAUACAGUUGUGGAGCCUUAUAAUGCCACCCUCUCUGUUCAUCAGUUGGUUGAGAAUGCUGAUGAAUGCAUGGUCCUUGACAAUGAGGCUCUUUAUGAUAUUUGCUUCCGGACCCUGAAGCUCACUACUCCUAGCUUUGGAGAUCUGAACCACUUGAUUUCUGCAACUAUGAGUGGUGUAACGUGCUGCCUAAGGUUCCCUGGACAGCUGAACUCUGACCUCCGGAAAUUGGCAGUUAAUCUGAUCCCAUUCCCACGUCUUCACUUCUUUAUGGUUGGUUUUGCACCACUCACAUCCCGUGGUUCCCAGCAGUACAUUUCUCUCACUGUCCCGGAGCUGACUCAGCAGAUGUGGGAUGCCAAGAACAUGAUGUGUGCUGCCGAUCCUCGCCAUGGUCGUUACCUGACAGCGUCAGCUAUGUUCCGAGGCAAAAUGAGCACCAAAGAGGUUGAUGAACAGAUGAUGAAUGUCCAGAACAAGAAUUCAUCAUACUUUGUGGAGUGGAUUCCCAAUAACGUGAAGUCCAGCGUUUGUGAUAUCCCGCCGAAGGGUCUGACGAUGUCGUCUACUUUUAUAGGGAACUCGACAUCCAUCCAGGAGAUGUUUAGAAGGGUAAGCGAGCAAUUCACGGCAAUGUUCCGCCGUAAGGCCUUUUUGCAUUGGUAUACUGGCGAGGGGAUGGAUGAAAUGGAGUUCACGGAAGCAGAGAGCAACAUGAAUGACUUGGUUGCAGAGUAUCAGCAAUAUCAGGAUGCAACCGUGGAGGAUGAAGGUGAUUAUGAGGACGACGAAGGUCUGGAAGAGAACUAUGAGAACUAAAAUGUGUUGUUAAUUAGCUGCGACGAACCUGAAUGAAGUUUGAGAAUAGCAGCAACCUCUGUCUUGGUAUAUACUACCGUGUGGCUGUCACUGUUUGUUUAAUUCUUCUGCUCUGUUCCUUGUAUUCCGAAUAUGAUGAUGUUUGCUUUUUUUUUUCUUUCUCAGACAUAAAUAAAAAGUUCCGAAUCUGAUGAUGUUUGCUUUUUUUUA